CUAUAUAUAUAUAUAUAUUAAAUUGUGUGGAGAUGUAAGGGAAGGGUGCUGAGUAUAUCAAUCUAGAAUUUCUGAGACCACAAAGAAGCUAGGUAGCUUGAGUAAGCUUGAUCUUCUCAAGUUCUUGUUAUCGUCAUUAAUUUCCCUGGAACAGUAGUUUAAUAUAGACUGGUAUUUAGGGAGGAGACUAUACUAAUAAGAUAGAUAGUGACUCGAAUAGACAUGCUCACUUCUCAUCACCUUCCUACCCAUUUCCUAGCAACAUUUCACUCAAUUAUAUCACCGAUUUCACUUGAGCAAUAUUUCACUGUUCGCCUCACAAGGAUCAACCUCAUCCUCUUGUUAUUCUUCAUAUUGAUUUCUCUUCUUGCUCCAAGGUCCAAGGGCUAGCCAGUUAGAAUUUGUUUGCUUUGUUUCUGUCUGAAAAUAGAGAAAAUUUGCUUCCUCUCACUCUCUUGGUUGUUAUUUAGUUGUUAAUCUUGUGGUGUUUUAAGAGAUGGGGUUGAGUUCUAAGCAGGUUACUGGUGAUGGGCUAGAUUGGAGCCAGACCCUUUUGCAGGCUCAUACUUUGGAGCUGCCUAAACCUCCUGUAAUAAGGAGGCAGCAGCAACAAAACCAGCUGCAAUUCGAGCCCUUGAAGUGUCCAAGGUGUGAGUCGACAAACACAAAGUUUUGUUAUUACAACAACUAUAACAAGUCACAGCCUAGGCAUUUUUGCAAGUCUUGCAAGAGACACUGGACAAAAGGCGGCAAUCUCCGAAAUGUUCCUGUUGGUGGCGGCCGCAAAAACAAGAGGCAGAAAACAUCAAAAACAAGUUCCAACACCACCACCUCUUCAAGCACUACUGCAAGCACCACUGCUCCAAGCAACAAUAAUAGCGCGACCAAUAUGACUAAUUGGGUUAAUCCCCAGUUGGCAAUUCAAGCUCAGCAGCAAAAGCAGAAUCUUCCCGAUCUUGUACUUGGUGGUCAAAAGGAUUUAUCUGAAAUUCUGUAUCAAGCAAUGAUCAAUCCACCAUCUUCAGUUUUGCAACAGAAUUCAAUCAGCUGCAACAACUUUGACACCAAAAGUUUCAACGUCAACAACAAUGGUGUCCUUUUGGGUUCAUCUGUGUCUAUACCUCAAAAUCAAGGCUUACUGUUUCCUUAUUCAAGUUCUUUUGACACACAUCCAUCUUCAAUUUGCACCUCCUUUCAGCCCUCAAAUGUUUAUAACUACACUGGAGAAUCUAUGGAGGACUCAACCAUCACCACCACCAUGCCUCCCACAAGCAGCACCAUCACUCAUUCAUUGCAAGUGCCAAAUACAAGCAGUGGAAUGGACAUGACAAAUUACUGGAAUUGGGAUGAUAUAGAGAAUUACGUCUCUGCUGAUCUCAAUGUACCAUGGGAUGAUUCUGAAAUCAAACCAUAGCCCAGGUCUUUAUUAACCUUAUUAGAAGUGUGUAUAAAUCCUUUCUUUCUCAGUUUUUUUUUUUUUUCAAGUACUUGAAUGUUUUUAUGUGAAGGGCCAGUCUCAUUUGUAAGAAUCACAAUCCUAUAUUAAUGAGGUAACUAUUAUAGUUAGAAGUAGACUGUUUCAAACGGUCUCUCCCCCCACACCGGUUUUUUAUUUUUUUCCAGUUUCAGCUUCAGGCUAUAGUAUAAGGUGUCCAUUUUUGCUGUCAUUUUCUCUCUUUAUCUUACCUCCAUCUGUUUCAAUUCUAAAGGAAAAGUUUCCGUAUGAAGUAGGUUUAAGGGGUUAGGGUUCACAUUGUGAUAGAGAAGGUAUCUAAGUUGAGAGAUGAGUGAUGGGGUCUUCUCCAGCUAUUGGCUAGGCUAUUAAGUAGAUGUGAUGGAAGAUUCUUCUGGGUAUGUAUAUUUCUUUGGAUAUAUGGAUUUGUUUUCUCACCA